UCUGCUGCUGCUGCUGCUGCUGCUGUGUCUGUGUCUGUGUGCGCCUGUGUCUUCUCUUGUCGUCGUCUGCCUGUGUGCGGCUGAUGGGCUGCCACUGUACCCUCGCAGCUCUUGGUCUCGUUCCCGAAAUCACCACCCAAACCCCCACCCCACCUCUCCUCCAUCCUCCUCCCUCCCUCCUCCGCUGGUGAAAUGAAUGCUCGUCUGAAGAACCUAGUGGGUUCAAAGCGAAAAAGUUCGAGCAACGCACCUUCUCCAUCGCCCUCUCAAGGAGGCACCACUCCUACCCAGCGUCCCACCUCGCUCUCCCCGCAAGCCUCCAAUUCCAGCAGCUCGAGUCUGCCAACCCAAACCAUGAACCCCAACAAUCAACUCGGCCGCCCGCCCUCGUACUCCUACACUGCUCAGCAGCAGAACUCCCUGGGCCCUGGCCAGCACCCUCAAGGUCGUCCCAAUAGCCCGCUGCCCCCCAUCAACACCGCUGCCCAACCCGGCUAUCCUCAGCAACCACAGCAGAUGGGCUACCCUCCUCCGGGAGGCCCGCCUGGAUAUCCACCCCAGCAGCAAUAUGGCCAGCCGCCGCCUGGCCAGUACGGUGCCCCGCCUCCAGGCCAUCCUGCCGGUCCCUACGCCAACCAGAGACCCGGCGGUGGUAUGGCAGAGGUCGCUGGUGAGGGGCGCUCCAAGGCCCAGCUGAUUGUCGGUAUCGAUUUCGGAACCACUUUCUCCGGUGUCGCUUUCGCAUUUGCGACAAACACCGAAGCCAAGGAAGACAUCAUCACCGAAUGGCCUGGCGCGGGCAACCAGACAAAGCAGAAGAUCCCCACUGUUUUGUAUUACGACCAAUACCAGAAGGUCGUUGGAUGGGGUCCUGACAUCGCCGACGCCCUGGCCCCCACCGGCUACCCCAAGCCCGGGGUGCAGAAAGUCGAGUGGUUCAAGCUUCAGCUCAUGUUGUCCGGCAACACAUAUAUUGAUCCCAUCAACCUGCCCCCACUUCCCCCAGGCAAGUCGGAGAUCGAUGUCGCCGCCGACUACCUCUUCCACUUGCGCCAGGCCAUGCGCAACCAGCUGCAAAAGACACUGGGCGAGGUUUUCAACAGAGAAGAGCGCAACAUCCGCUACUACCUGACUGUGCCUGCCAUUUGGAACGAUGCCGGAAAAGCUGCUACUCGUGCUGCGGCCAUCCAAGCUGGUUUCUUGCGUGACGAAAACGACAACCGCCUGACCCUCAUCACGGAACCUGAAGCCGCCGCCAUGUUCUGUUCUAAGACGGGUCUCCUGAACCUCAAACUCCACGAUGCCGUGCUCAUUGUUGAUUGCGGUGGUGGUACCGUCGAUUUGAUUGCGUACGAACUCGAGGAAGAGCAGCCUUUCUCCGUCGCCGAGUGCACGGCUGGAUCUGGUGACUCUUGCGGUUCCACCGCUCUGAACCGAAACUUCAGCAACAUUCUCCGUGCGAAGAUCCGAAAGAUGAAGCUGCCUGAUGGCUCCAGGACCGCAGGAAAGGUUUACGCCAAGUGUAUCAUGGACUUUGAGAACAGAAUAAAAGCCGAUUUCCGUAACAAUGGCCAGAAGUGGGCCGUUGAUGUUGGUAUUGAAGCCGAGUAUCCCGAAGCUGGCAUUGAAGAAGGUUACAUGACCUUCACCAACGAGGAGAUUCUCCAAUGUUUCGAGCCCGUCGUUAACCGCAUUCUGGAGCUGGUAAGGAAUCAAAUCAUUGCCAUUCAGGCACAGAACAGGUCUCUCCAGAACGUUCUCGUCGUCGGUGGUUUCGGAGCUUCCGAGUAUCUCUUCCAGCAGAUCAAGUUGCACGUUCCGCCGCAGUUCCAGUCCAAGGUCGUCCGCCCCAUGGACUCGGUCGCCGCCAUCGUCAAAGGUGCUGUUACCGCAGGUAUUACCGAGCGCAUUGUCACACAUCGUGUUGCCCGUAGACAUUAUCUCAUGGCUACGCUCCAGCCCUUCAAGGAGGGUCACCACCCCGAGCAGUACCGUGUGCCUUCCCUGGACGGCAAAGACAGAUGCAAGUUCACACGGCAAAUCUUCGUUCAGAAAGGUCAGCGUGUCAAGAUUGGCGAGCCUGUCAAGGUUUCAUUUUUCCGACAAGUCGCACCCGGUGCCACGCUCAUGUACGAAGAUAUUCUCUAUGCCUGCGACGAUGAUGUUUGCCCGGAAUACACCAAAGAUCCUCGUAUCAAGGAAGUUGUCACCCUCACGUCUGAUCUUUCUCGCAAAAACCUCGAAAAGGACUUUGAACGCAUGGACACACCCCAAGGCACCUUCUACCGUGUAUACUUUGACAUCUACCUGACCCUCGAUGGCUCCGAGUUCAAUGCCGAGUUGGUGUGCCAAGGCGAGGUCAUGGGUCGUUGCACAGCCAGGUUCAGAUAA